AUGUGUCAGAAGGUCGAAACCGUAUGCUGCCAUUGUGGUGAGAUCCUCAUUACCUACUUCAUAGCUUGUAAUGCUUGGCUCGUCGCCGCAAAACAAACCAGCGACGACAACGGACGACCCCUGGCACUGCCGCUGGCAUCUCAAUGCGAGCAUCUUGAGAAGAAAGAACCCCAGUCUUCGCUGUUAGGAUGCCCUAACAACGAUUCCUGCCCUUCUUGGUUCGGAAACCUAUUCCGGUGUUACGAUAAAGCUGCUAGCGAGGGUCCAGAAGUCAAGCAGUUCCGAGAUCGAGUUGCUCAAGGAAAGUACAACGAAUGGAAGGAGAACUUUGCUCGUAAGCACUUCGUCAAGAAACCAGUUCUGCCUCGACAGGAACAGAAUGGAUUCUGGAACAUGAUCUCACAGGACUUUCUCUCGGAUAUCCAAUCUGCUGAAACUGUCCCUACUGCUUCCGUUUCUAGUGGAGGUGAGACUACCUUGAAGACUUACGAGGUUAUUAUGCAGUCUGAGGAUGAGAAUAUUCUGAUUUGA